CCGCGCCCCCUCCCGUUGUGUCCUUCUGCCCUGUAACAGGCAGUGACAUCUGCACUUUAUCAAGGUGAAAACACUGCGAGACAACCACAGAGAUGGAAGCCAGGGUGACGUCAGAGCCGAAAUUCAACAGUGUGACGAACGGAGGGGCAAGGAUUGUUGUGGGUGAUGAUGAUGAUGAAGUUCUUAGUCCAACCGAUCUCUCCGAGAUGUUAGCAGAGGGGACCAAGGAGUCCCACGACAGAGCAGAGAACUGCCAGUUUGUCAAAGAUUUCCUCAGAGGCCGCAUCAAAAGGGAGCUGUUUAAGAGAGGUACAGUAGCUCUUUACUUCGUCUACUCAGCCAUGGAGGAGGAGAUCGAGAAGAACAAAGACCAUCCUCACAUCGCACCGAUCUAUUUCCCAGCAGAGCUUCACAGGCGUGAGGCCUUGGCCCGGGAUCUUGAGUAUUUCUACGGAGAGGACUGGGAGAGCCAGAUCAGCCUCUCCACAGGCACCAAGCCCUACGUGGACCGCAUCCACGAGGUGGGAGAGACAGAUCCAGUGCUGCUGGUUGCCCACUCCUACACCCGCUACAUGGGUGACCUCUCAGGUGGACAGAUCCUGAAGAAAGUAGCCCAGAGGGCACUGAAGCUCCCCUCAACGGGUGAGGGUCUCAACUUUUACCAGUUCGAGGGCAUCCACAGUCACAAGGGCUUCAAGCAGCUUUACAGAAGCAGGAUGAAUGAGCUGGAACUGGACACUGAGACCAAAGAGAGGAUUGUGGACGAGUCCAACCGGGCCUUUGGCUUUAACAUGAUGGUAUUCACAGAGCUUGAAGAGAUUGGGAAGACCAUCAAAGAGGAAGUCCAAGAUGCAGGUCUUGGACAUAGUCAUGCAGAGAUCAUGCAGGGAGGCGACAUCAACAAGUGCCCCUACUACGCUGCAAAAAUGGCUGUCAGUGGAAAUCCCACCUAUGCGUGCCAGUUAGCCAUGAUGCUUCUCAGACAUCCGCCCUGUCAGGUCGCUCUGGCUGCCUGGGUGGCCGUUCUCGCUGGGUUCGCUGCCUGGUACCUGCUGUGAGCUCUGACACACUCGGUCUAACAAUAAUCACGUCUGAGCCAAGAGAGGAGGACGCUGGUGCGUGUGGCCUUUCUCGUUUCCUCUGACUCGUACCGUCUGAAAGUUGCACGCGAUAAACCAGAAACUGAACAUUAUUUAAAUAAUGUUUUGUGCCAAACCUAUGAUGCAUUUGUUUAUUGACAUUUUGUGUUCUCUGUUGUUAUUUCUUCUUAUUUUCCCUAAUUGGAACACCCGGUUUUAUGCUUCUGAAACUGCUAAUAGCAGUGAACUAGCUUUUGUAAAGAUGCAGCUGUACUGUGGUCACAAAGAGAAGUGGUUUGUAUUCAGUGGUAAUAUGCAGACAUUUUACCACAUAGAAAUAUUAAAUGCAUAUUCUUUCCCCAUGUGAUUAUAAUAAUAUUAGUUGAAUGUAUUUAAUAUGACAAUGAACUACACACUGUGUCUGACUACUGAUAUACAACUUCUUGCCAGUUCUUUUUGUCUUUUUGGAAUAAAUGCUUAAAUCUCAUUAGA